CUCAAGUUCUUUCUUAAAAAAAAUUCUAAAAAAUAUUAUGAAAACAAAAUUGGCUGUAGCAUUUGAAGAAGAACAGACAGAGUCACAGCAGAGACAGGACUAGUAAGUUGUUGACAAUGGCAAAAAGCAUAACCAACUUCAGUACUUACUCAACUCUUAACUGUCAUAAAGCAAAGUAUGCUAAACCUUGGAAUUGUUUCAUCUUCUUCAGACAAUCUCCAAUAACCUGCUUGUUAUCUUUGAAUUUGGAUGUUCCUCGUAGCACUAAGGUCGGUGUCUAUCCCAUGUUGGAUGAAAACGCCAAAAUUUGCAAAUUCUGCGAGGUGGGUGAUCUCGGAAAUGCCGUGGAAUUGCUCAAAAUGUCCCAAAAAUCCGAACUUGACUUGAACACUUACUGUUCCAUCUUGCAGCUCUGUGCUGAGUACAAGCGUUUGCAAGAGGGUAAGAUGGUUCAUUCAAUUAUCUACUCCAGUGGCAUACCAGUUGAAGGGGUUUUGGGUGCAAAACUAGUAUUCAUGUAUGUGAGUUGUGGAGAUUUGAGAGAAGGGAGACGGAUAUUUGAUCACAUUCACAGUGAUAAGGCUUUUCUGUGGAAUCUUAUGAUGUCUCAAUACGCAAAGAUUAGUGAUUAUCGUGAAAGUAUAUAUCUUUUUAGAAAAAUGCAGAAACUGGGAAUUAAAGGGAAUUCUUAUACUUUUUCAUGUAUCUUAAAAUGUUUUGCUAUUUUGGGAAGGAUAGGAGAGUGUAAAAAAAUUCAUGGGUAUGUUUAUAAACUAGGUUUUGGUUCUUGUAAUAGUGUUGUUAACUCUCUAAUUGCAGCUUACUUCAAAAAUGGAGGAGUUGACAGUGCACACAAGUUGUUUGAUGAAUUGGGUGAUCGAGAUGUUGUGUCCUGGAAUUCUAUGAUAAGUGGGUGUGUGAUGAAUGGUUUUUCCCACACUGCACUUGAGUUUUUCAUUCAAAUGCUUAUGUUGAGGGUUGCUGUGGAUUUGGCUACCUUGGUUAAUGCUCUUGUGGCUUGUGCAAAUAUUGGUAGUCUUUCAUUGGGUAGAGCAAUUCAUGGUCACGGAGUGAAAACUUGUUUUAGUAGGGAAGUUAUGUUUAACAAUACCUUACUAGACAUGUAUUCAAAAUGUGGUGAUUUAACUGACGCAAUUCAAGCUUUUGAGAAGAUGGGUCGAACAACUGUUGUCUCUUGGACUUCAUUAAUUGCUGCUUAUGUAAGAGAAGGUCUGUGUGAUGAUGCAAUAAGGUUAUUCUAUGAAAUGGAAAGCAAAGGGGUUAUUCCAGAUGUUUAUUCCAUGACUAGUGUCCUUCAUGCUUGCGCUUGUAGCAACUCAUUGGAUAAAGGCAGAGAGGUACACAAUUACUUUCGAAGGAACAACUUGUCCUUGAGCUUGCCUGUGUCUAAUGCACUCAUGGAUAUGUAUGCAAAAUGUGGAAGCAUGGAAGAAGCUUAUUUAGUUUUCUCUCGAAUUCCUGUUAAGGACACAGUCUCAUGGAAUAUCAUGAUUGGAGGUUAUUCAAAAAACUCUCUCCCUAAUGAAGCUCUUAAACUUUUUGUUGAGAUGCAAGAAGAGUCUAGACCUGAUGGCUUUACAAUGGCUGGCAUUCUUCCAGCUUGUGGAAGCCUAGCUGCUCUAGAGAUAGGAAGAGGGAUACAUGGGCGCAUAUUGAGAAAUGGGUAUUCAUCAGAUUUGCAUGUAGCAAAUGCACUUAUCGAUAUGUAUGUAAAGUGCGGGUCACUAGUUCAUGCACAGUUGCUCUUUGAUAUGAUUCCCGAGAAGGAUUUGAUCACUUGGACUGUUAUGAUUGCUGGGUAUGGUAUGCAUGGGUUUGGAAAUGAAGCAAUUGCAACUUUUCAGAAGAUGAGGAUUGCAGGUAUUAAGCCUGAUGAGAUUACAUUCACUUCUAUACUUUAUGCUUGCAGUCAUUCUGGAUUACUGAACGAGGGGUGGGAAUUUUUUAAUUCCAUGAUAAGUGAAUGCAACAUGAAGCCCGAAUUAGAGCAUUAUGCUUGCAUGGUAGAUCUCCUUGCUCGCACUGGAAAUCUAUCGAAGGCCUACAAGUUCAUUGAGACAAUGCCAAUUAAACCAGAUGCAACAAUUUGGGGUGCCUUGCUUUGUGGGUGUAGGAUCCAUCAUGAUGUGGAUCUAGCAGAAAAAGUGGCAGAACAUGUUUUUGAGCUAGAGCCAGAAAACACAGGAUAUUAUGUUCUUCUGGCCAACAUCUAUGCAGAGGCCAAAAAGUGGGAAGAAGUAAAGAAGUUAAGAGAGAGGAUUGGUAAGCGGGGUCUAAAAAAGAGCCCAGGCUGUAGCUGGAUUGAGGUCCAAGGAAAAUUUACCAUCUUUGUUUCUGCAGAUACUUCACACCCUCAAGCUGAAAGGAUAGCCUCAUUACUGAAUAAUUUGAGAAUUAAAAUGAAGAAUGAAGGUUACUCUCCGAAGAUGAGGUAUGCCUUGAUUAAUGCAGAUGACUUGGAGAAGGAAACGGCUUUGUGUGGACACAGUGAGAAGUUAGCUAUGGCUUUUGGUAUAUUAAAUUUGCCGCCUGGAAGGACAAUUAGGGUCACCAAGAACCUACGAGUAUGUGGUGAUUGUCAUGAGAUGGCGAAGUUCAUGUCCAAGACGGCCAAAAGGGAAAUUAUCUUGAGAGAUUCAAGUCGGUUUCACCAUUUCAAGGAUGGCUUCUGUUCUUGCAGAGAUUUCUGGUAAGUAAAUCACUUGGGGAAAUUCAAUUGAGAGGAAGUCAUAGUGAUACCAUAUCAGUUUAUCCCAUUCUUGAGAAUUUCAUGAAUCAAUCUUAUGCCAAUCAGUAAUCACAGUAUUUGACUGAGGUACAACACAUUUAUUAAUAAGGAUAGGGAAUCAAUGCCAAAGCAUAAGAUGGAUCAAGGAUAGUAUAUUUGUGCUGAAUCACAGGUUUAGACUUCUGGUUUAACAGUCAUGUCACAGGCAAUUUAUUCCUGUUUGACGAUACUAGAUUUUGUUGAUCAAAGAUAACCCAUCUACAUUUGUUUAUGUUGAUUUGGUUUUGGAAAUAAAUUACUGAGGGGAUCUUUGAUUGGAGUUGAGAAGCAGCAUAUUUUCAUGGAAAAUAGAUUUUUGGAUGUUGCAAAUAGGGGCAGACUUGGAGGUCUCACUUCACCUUGAGAUUCCAAUCCUCAUUUGUGAUUUCUGACAAUGUUAAUCCUUAUUGUCUCUUGAAAAGGGAAUCAAACUGAGAUUGGCUGUUAUGUGUAAAGAAGAAUAUAGCAAUAGAAAGCUAUGAUGUUAUAUGAAAAUGGCAAUUCAUGCCUGAGGCUAUUUCUUUUCCCAUCUUCGCAUUCAGUACAGAAAAGAACAAAUAGCAAUAACAGAAAAUGGAAAUGACAGAGGGACUGUUUUCCAAAAGCAACCAAGUCCAGAGAGAGAGAAAAUCGAAUCAAUUACCGCCCCUUUCUCUUUCCUCUAACCACCAAUUUAUACUACUAUCAAUAUUCGAAUCCACGUAGCCUUGAAUUAGUGAAUUUCACACGUGUGCUCCUCCUAUUUUUCCACCUCAUGCUGAUCAUGUGCCUCACCACUUCCCACCCCCUGCUGCAUAAUCUCUGCUUGGUUUUCUUCUCUAUUUUCACUCAUUACAUUGGCCUUGGAAAUGCUAUUGUAAUGCCGAGGAGUUUCUCCAUAGUUAAAUGCUUUUUGGAUGCAAAAUCUUCUCCCUUACACAUCUGAUGCAAUUGUAAAAUUUCAGGAUUCACAUCAGUUGCUCAAAAGGAUAAGUUGUUUUGCUUCUAGGUCGUUUAUGCAUUAUCAGUCAAAUCAUGAAUAUUGCUAGUACAUUGUUAAAUAUCGAUUUACUGAUUUUGGUUAACUUUGGUCUAGAUAUACUAAUAUAUUCAUUCACAAUCAAGGAUGAUCAGAUGGUUUAUCUCAAGCAUAGCCUUUUGAAUGACACGUUUUAUUUUCUUCCUUUCCCUCAAGUUCUUGGACUACACAGGUGCUGUCCAUUGAGGCUUCGCUGCAAUUAUGAUUUGUCAUCAGGAAUCCAUGGUAAAUUAAUACUGUAAUGACUAAGGUUGUAUAAACUAAAAUAAACCCAUAAAACUGAGAUCUAAAAUACAUCUGUCAAUACGACCCGAGGUUCGUUUAAUUAAAGGCAUGGAUGGGGCUGAGGAAUGAAUCGGGAAUGGGAAGGGUGAUGCUUUUACAUGUAUAUAAGAUGGGUCAGUCCCGUGUGGGGACAUGUUUUUGUCUUCAUACAUAAUGAUUAGCAACUAAGGACAGAGUUGAUAAUGCUGUUUGAUAUUGCCAACCACGUCCAUCACACAUGUAACGAUUUGUUUUUUAAGGAAACAAAUGUAACAAGUAAAGGAACUGCAUGAGUGUUGCCCAAAGAUUAAAUGAUAUAGCAGCAAAAAGUAAUUGUAUCUACAACAAAGUCUAGAGGAUCAGUGAAACAAGUUUCUCACCUUACUAAUCUGGCAUAUGAUGAAUAAUGGAUUUAACAGCCAUCUUAGUAUUGAGUCUCUAAUCUAACGUGGAAAUGAAUCUGUGGGAAAGUUUUUUUAUUUACUUAUAUCACGGUAGCUCUGACAACUCAUAAGCAACUACCUAAUAGUAGCACGGACCAUAAAACUGAGCCAGAAUCAGACAUUCGCAAUCAUACAUAAAUUUUCUCCUGUAGCAAACUUAAUUAUAUCACCAACCAUCAUCUACUUGAGCUUCUGUCUCUUUCUUCUAGCUAAAUAAA